UGCAGCCUGUUGGAAGUGGCCUGGAUGUAUUUCAAGGCCGGCCGAAGCUGAUCGCCUGGAGAGAGCGAGUGAAGAAGGAGGUCGGUGAAAAGUUGUUUGAUGAAGCUCAUGAGCUGAUCAUGAAGAUGAGCAGCAUGUCGCAGAAGAUACAGAACAGCGGCGAUCUGGAGAAGCUCAAACCAAAAUUUCAGAAGCUUUUCAUCUGAAAACGUUUCUGUGUACAAAUUCGAAUGACAUUGGUGUCAAAAAGGAUCUUCAUUUGUUUUUAAUUUCAUGGUUGUGUGGUUAUUUUAUUAGCACAUUCCUGUGCAGGUUUGUCAUGAAGUACUGAGAAAGCAUUUAACCAGCUUCCAGGUAUUAAAAUGUUUAGAAAACUGUGCUGUAAACAUGAUUUGAUGUGCUAACAAAAUAAUCAUGCAAUAAAAUAUGAACAAAAGAUGAAACUCAAA